AUGGGUUUCUUUUUGAUAAAGCUACAAACUUUAUAUCCAUUUUUUAAGUUUACAGGCCCAAGCCAGUUUAAAGCUUUCACCUUUCUGCACACAAAAACUAGUAGGAAGCAACAGUCUGCUGCUAACGGUGCCAAUUUUUUACUGAGAUCGAUCGGAGCAAAAUUGGAGCAAAUGGCUGCAGCUUUUGUUGAUCUUAAACAAAUCUUGAAAUGGGAGAAAUUGACACCUAAAGAAGAAAGUGUACUUCGUGCAUGCGAAUUUAAAGCUGUUAGGGGUCUUAUGAAUGGAGCUCUUAUUGGUGGCACUGUUGCAUUUGCAGCAACGCGGAAGCUAGAUAGAUUUUCUCAGGUCUUUCUUUCAGUAGGAGUCGCUGGUCUCCUUGGAUUGGAGAUAUUUGACAGGUCCAUGAAUUCAUGCCUUGAUGAUAUUCUUAAUCUGAAUGGAAGUAGGAUUCAGAGAGAGUUAGCAAAUAUUAUUGUGAACAAACAUCAGGAUAAUCCUUGGACAAUGCAACGUAUGCAUAGGCUUUUCUAUCAAGAAAAAGUUUUUGAUGACUCAAGCUUAGAUAAACCAAUAUUAAAAUGGCGUUAUCGAAAUUUCUUUGGGAAUGAUUGUGUUCAUGGUCGAAGGACAAACUACAGCGACUCACAUGUCUUGCACAAUUAUUCUGAUAGCAAAGAGGUUCCUCUUGCAGCCAAGCAAGUUCCUAUGAACCCUGAUGUUGAUAUGAUGGAAGAUCCUUUAGAUAGUAUUUUCGGUCACAUGGCACCAAUGGAGGAGAUCCGCCAUCUGAGCUCCUCAAGCACACCUAGCAGAGCAGAUACUCGUAGCCACAGGAGAUCUCGCCGUAGGCGUCGGCUGCAAAAUUAUGAAUCUUUAGGCUUGAAAGAUGCACAACCACAACUAGUUUAAACUUGAUGAAUUGGGAGGAAAAGGAAUAAUUGCCGCAAUUUUGAAAGUGAAACCUUUGUCGAUUGCGUUAUUCAAUUUUCCUACUAUUAUGCAUGAGUAUCUAUUACAUUGUAUAGGCAAUUUUUUGUUGUUUUCUUGCAAGCACUUGUAGAACAUGAAAAUUCAAUAUGUUUAGUGCAGUGUAGAAAGUAUGCCAAGUGGUGGCAUAAUCCUUGCCAUCCUGGUGGUGGAACUGGCCUUGUUGGAUUGAUGUUGCCAUUGCUGAGAAAUUGUAAUACUAAGAUUGGCCUCAAACGAAAAAGAGGAAAGAUGGAGGUUGAAUUGAAGCGCUGCACAAUUGGGGGAAGAUAGCUAUCCUCAUUGCUUGAGGUUAAGUUUUGACAUUCCCAAUUAUUACUUGCCAUUAUGAGAGUUCCUGAAAAAAUCCUUGCACCCAACUUUUAAGUAGAGCAGAAAAAUAUUUUGUGGAAGUAACUUCGGUAAUAGUCUGUGUUUAUAUUCUAAGAAAGGCGCAUUUUGAGACAAAA